UGCAAAUCCGGAUAAUAAUUUCAUCAGGAUAUUCCUGCUCGCUCUCUCACUCCCUCUCUCGCACACCCUCCCUUCUUCUUCUCCACCCACUCUAGCUCAGCUGGAUCUCAGUCGCAUUCUCACUCCCCCCACCCUCGCAUAUCAGAUCUCCUCAUAUGCCCUGCAAUCCGCCUCCAAUCCAAAACCCAGAAGCUUUCCUCUCAAGCUCCUCGCUUCCUCGCCUCCCCUUUUGACCGGUAGGCAGCUGUGGGAGCCCGAAAAUCCAAGAAAAGCAGCGGGUCAAGAAAGAGGGAAAGCAAGCGAGGAGGGUGAUGAUGAUGGCGAUAAGUCGCCCCAUGAUUCACCGCAUCAUCCCGUCGCCUGCGCGCCUCUGCUAAAAGGGCCUCGCCGUCCGUGUACGCUCCAGUGAGCGGUGGAAGAGCGUGCGGUUGCUUCGCGCAGACGGUCGGACGCCGCCGCUGCAAUGCCGCAGUACCAGGAGCUGCCCUGCGGCGGGCAGGUGCUCGACAUCGACGCCGCGCUCAAGGAUGGCAUCCUGGGGUGCGGCCCGGAGCCCGGGGACGGCGCGCUGGGCGACGGAGGGAAGCAGCCGGUGGAGCUGAGGAAGAUGAUGGACGAGCUGGAUGCGGCCGGCGACGGCGGCGGGGACGAGGUCGUGCCUGCCGUCUUCAUCUGCCCGAUCUCCCUGGAGCCCAUGGUGGAUCCGGUCACGCUCUGCACCGGCCAGACGUACGAGCGCGCCAACAUCUCCCGGUGGCUGGCGCUGGGCCACCGGACCUGCCCGACCACGAUGCAGGAGCUCUGGGACGACGCGCUCACCCCCAACGCCACGCUCCGGCAGCUCAUCGCCGCCUGGUUCUCCAGGCGGUACACCCGCUUCAAGAAGCGCUCGGCCGACUACCACGGCCGCGCCGCGGACCUUGUCCACGGUCUCCGCGGCACGGCCGUCCCAAGGAGGCAGCCCCUCAAGGGCCAGGCCCGAGUCGCCGCGCUCCGGGAGUUGCGCUCCCUCGCCUCCAACCACCAGUCCGUGACCAAGGCCAUAGCCGAGGCCGGCGGCGUGUCGUUGCUGACCUCACUUCUUGGCCCCUUCACGUCUCAUUCCGUGGGGUCCGAGGCGGUGGCCAUUCUUGUGAGCGGCGUGCCGCUCGACGCCGACGCGAAGGCGGCGCUGAUGCAGCCGGCAAAGGUGUCCCUCGUGGUGGACAUGCUCAAUGAGGGCGCCGUCGACACCAAGAUCAACUGCGUCCGCCUCAUCCGCAUCCUCAUGGAGGAGAAAGGGUUCCGGCCGGAGACGGUGGCGAGCCUGAGCCUCUUGGCCGGCUCCAUGCGCCUGGUCCGGGACAAGCGGCACCAGGACGGUGUGGCCGCUGGGCUAGAGCUGCUCAAUUCCAUCUGCGCCGUGCACAGGCCGGCCAGGAGUAUGAUUGUCAGCAUUGGUGCGGUGCAGCAGCUGGUGGAGCUGCUGCCGGAGCUGGCGACGGAGUGUGUGGAGCCAGCCUUGGACAUCCUUGACGCGCUCGCCUCAGUCCCUGAAGGCAUGACGGCUCUCAAGGAUUGCCCGAGGACGAUACCCAACGCCGUCCGAUUGCUGAUGAGGGUGUCCGAGGCCUGCACGCAGCGUGCCCUGUCGAUGCUGUGGGUGGUGUGCAGGAUGGUGCCCGAGGAGUCGGCACCCGCCGCCCUGGAGGUCGGACUGGCCGCCAAGCUUCUGCUGGUGAUCCAAAGCGGGUGCGGGCCGGAGCUGAAGCAGCAAGCCUCGGAGUUGCUCAAGCUUUGCACCAUGCAUUGCACAUCCACCGUCUUCCUCGCAAAAUGCAAGCUCACCAAGACAAUUCAGUGAGAAGACACCGGAACAUAGUCCUGGUUGUGAUUUGGGUCGAUGAUGCGGCUCCCAUUGGUCAGCCUCGCGUAAUCUGGACCGGGGAAUGGACGAGAGAAGCAAAUUGCUGCCGGAUGAAGGCCUGUGUGUAGAUAAACUCAGUAAUUGGCCCAACUUGCUGUGUCAUUUGAAGACAUGGGAGUGGAUGAAUGGAUCGCCCUGCCCAUCGACAGGAAGCUUGGAUCCAGCAGCAAUGCAGCAGCACAAGCACCGCCGGAGUCGACCGCCGGAUGUACAUGCAAAUUGGUGUGAAUUUGGUCAGCUCAAUAACUACUCAAGGGUUGGGCUGUGGUAAGUACAGCCAGUUUUGCCAUCUAUCAGUAGCUGAGAAUUAAGCAAAGGCCUGCAGUUUUAGAUUUUUGGCGAUGUGGGAGUCUGUCAGGGCUGUAGUUCUUCCUUUUCUUUCUUCUCCUGGGUCUCGGUGUAAUUGGUGAUAUAAAUUGGGUAGAAUUGUAUACAGUGCUGCUGCUUCACAGUUCA